GACCCGCACUGAUUAAACAGAGAGGGAACGAAGACUCUCUCUCUGGCAGAAAAAAACCUGCGGUAGUGGGGAUAGACCCAGCGACGCCACCCCUCUAAAAACCGAAAGAAUAUCGACAGAGGGUGAAAAGAAGGCGGAGCAACGUGGGAGAGGGGAUGAAAAAUUUUUGGACUGUUUUUGUGAGAGCUUGUCUCCCGUUUCAAGCCACAGUGCGAGUGCCAGUCAGUUGAGCUGAGAUUCGUGGUCGUGGUGUCACUCUUUCCGACAAACUGUUCGCGAAUCUUUGGGAGCGUUCGGGGAAGACGUACUCGCGCUGCACGGGGAACGGUUGCGGGGAUUUUGCACGUGGUUCGUGACAUUCUCAGUAACGGUGACAUUAUUAUUAGAGUGAUAUACAGUUUUCCAUUAAAUUCUCCUAGGAUAACUGUGACUUUGGUUCAAGUGAUACAAAGUUACCCAUUAAAUUCGCAAAGUAUAACUCAGGGUGACUUUGGUUUGAAGUGAUACUUAGUAAGCUAUUAAAGUUUCCAAGAUAUACAGCUUGGUGACAUUAUUUUGAAGAGUGAUCCACAGUUGAAAUUAUAUAUAUAAUAUAGCCGAUUGAAUUCUCCAAGUAUAUUGGUGAAAUUAUAUUGAAGUGAUAUACAGUGGGCUAUUAAAGUUUCCAAGAUAUACAGCUUGGUGACAUUAUUUUGAAGAGUGAUCCACAGUUGAAAUUAUAUAUAUAUAGCCGAUUGAAUUCUCCAAGUAUAUUGGUGAAAUUAUAUUGAAGUGAUAUACAGUGGGCUAUUAAAUUCUCCAAGAGUAUAAUACAAAUUUGACAGCGGUUAAAGUGAUGCCCUAUUGAUAUUAUAUUCAGAAGCCUAUUGAAGUAUAUUGAUGACAUUACAGUAUAUUGAAGUGAUAUACAGUUAUUCAGUAGGCUAUUAAAUACUUCAAGUUUUGACACCCUGGUGAAACUGUGCGGAGACAAAUAAUAUAUUGACAUACUACAACUUUGUGUACGGAAUGUGGUUGACCAUUUAAUUCAGUAGGAUUUCGAAUAUUUUCAAAAUAACGGUGACAUUUAAUUUGUUGAAGUUAUACACAGUUUGCUAUCAUAUUCAGUAUAGUGAGACAUAGUUGAAAUCCACAACAGGUUGUGAGCGAAAUAUAGUUGACAAUUUGAAACCAUAACAAGUUCAGUGAUAAAUAGUUGAAAUCCACGACAGGUUGUGUUCAAGAUAUAGUUGAAAGUUUGGAAAAAUAACAUCAAGUAAAGUGAUAAAUAGUUGAUUUACUAUAACAAGUUGAUAGAGUUGUACAAUAAUUGAUGUGGUUAAAUUUUGUGGAUUAUGUUUGAAACUUGUGAUGAAAUAGUUAUGAAACUUGCUGUAUUUUGAAAUGGUUUAGUGAGCGUAUGAAUUGAAAUUUGUUGUGCUAUGGGUUUUUGAAUUCACCAGAAUAUUAUACAAAGAAAUUUCGUUUGAAAAAGUUAUAUCGAUCAUUAUAUCAUUAUAACUGGUGACAGUUGAAAACGUGUGGAGUGAAGUGACUUGAUAGUGAACUGGAAUUAGAAUUUUCAGUGAAGUUGUAAACAAUUGCAAGUGAUUUAAUGUACUAUCAAGACUCGAAGCUGUUCCCAACAGGCCUCCCAAAAACCAUUAUUCAAAAAACUUCAUUGAUUUACAGCUAUCCCUAUCUUUGGAAACCUUGUUCCAAGUGAACAUAGCCCACUUGUCAAUUAUCAAUUGAUUUAUUCUAGCUUUCAAUAAAGCUUCUAAAGCUUGCUUUGCUUCAAAUCUUCUCCUCCAGAUUACCAAUACAUUGCAAUACGCCUAUAUUGUAACAGCUGCAAUACAAUUGGAGGCACUUCAGUGAACUUUGAACCCUUCUCUUGAUAGAAAUCAUCUUCCUCGAAGUACAGUUCAAAAGCUGUGAACUCCCAUUGAACUCUCAAAUCCAAUACAGCACAUGUGAUUACAUCUAUGAUUGAAGUGGAGUAGGUCUGAGUAGUUAUAGAGCUUGUAUUUUGAAGACUCAACGUUCACAUUCAACCAGAUAGAAAUAUUCAUCAACAAUCUCGGUUGUUUGAAGCUUUCGGUUACCAUCUAUCGUCUGGAACCUCCGGUGGACUCUGUGAUUUCCCAAAACCCCAGUUAUUAUCCGGAACCUCCGAUGACAUUCUUCCACCACCGGUGAACCAAUUGUACUAAUCUUCAAUCACCGGUGAACCAGUUGCACCCAUCUUCGACCACCGGUGAACCAGUUGCACCCAUUUCCGACACCGGUGAACCAGUUGCACCCAUUUCCGACACCGGUGACCAGUUGCACCCAUCUUCAACCACGGUGAACCAGUUGCACCCAUCUUCGACACCGGUGAACCAGUUGCACCCAUCUUCAACCACCGGUGAACCGGUUGCGCCCGGCCUCCCGGUGCUUCUAUGACGACGGCCUUGUGAUGCAUCUGCCCUCGGCCUCCUCUCCAACCUCCGCCGCGGCCAUGAGCACCGACCUGUUCGCCGGCAUCCAGGAAGCCCUGCAGGAGUACCACGGCGAACUGGUUCAAACCGGUUCACCGGCCAUCCUUUGCUCGGCGCUGCCGACGCAUUGGAGGUCCAACAAAUCGCUUCCCGUGGCGUUCAAGGUGGUGGCACUCGAUGACGUCAUGGACGGGACUGUGGUCACGGUGCGAGCCGGAAACGAUGAGAACUUUUGUGCUGAGAUGAGAAAUUGUACGGCCGUCAUGAAGAACCAGGUCGCUAAGUUCAAUGAUCUCAGAUUUGUGGGGCGCAGUGGACGGG